AUGUUGCCCUGGAAACGGAAUAAGUUUGUUUUGACGGAGGAGGAGAGCAAAAACAAACCCAAGAGCUUAGGAGCUGGACUGACGUACCACUCCAUCCUCUCGUCGCUCCUUCGCUCAUGUCCGGACCUGCUGCCCGACUGCCCCUUCGAAUGGGUCGGCAACAUCUUCCACACGAAAAGACAGAAGGUAGAACUUAACAAGGAGGAGCCGGUUUACAACGUGAGGUAUUUGGGAAGCGUGGUCACCAUAACAGCGAAGGGAGACGGUUGUACGCAAGAGGCGGUGGCCAAAAUCUGGGCGAGGAGCAACUUUGGAGAACAGAGCAUCAAGAUGAGGUUAACAGUUGGCGCGCACGGGAUUCGGAUGAGCGCGGAUAAAUCGGGGAAAAAGAAACCGAUCCAUCUUUAUUCCUUGAACAGAAUUACGUACUGCGCCGCCGACCCGUGCCGACCCAAAAUCCUCGCGUGGAUUUACAGACACCAAGUCAAAAACAUGGCGGUUGUUUUGAGGUGCCACGCGGUUUUGGUGAGCAAGUCGGAGAAGGCCCAGGCGAUCUCCAUGAGCUUGUACCAUCACGCUACUUCGGCCUUCAGCGAAUUCAAAAGAUUAAAACGACAAAGCGAUUUUCGGCACGUGCAGCAACAGCUCCUGGGCGAAGACGCGGUCCCCCUGAUGCCGUUAAGGAGGCUGCUAAACGGACAGUGUCACUACAGACCGCCGGCCGAAAAUCCGGGGAGUACGACGCGACUCUGUUCCAUCACCGAAGAAGAGGAGGAGAGUGAGGAAGAGGAGGUGAAAAGUGUAAAUAACAAACAGAAAAUCCUGACCACGAACACUGACCCUACGCAGUUGCUUUCGCAGCUGGAUCUCGGGGACAUUGCCAGACUGGAGGAGUGUCAGAUCAACUUCGUCAGCGAUAGCAACAACAACACCUUUACGUUUAUAACUUCGUUGGUGUGA